GGUAACGUAGUAUUUAAAUCUUCAAUUUCGAAGAUAAUUUCCAAACCCGAAAACGAAUUACACAAUGGAUGCGCCAGUCGUACAAGUGCGACAGGGUAAAUUGUUGGGAUGUGCGGGACGAAGUAUCGACGGGGACAAUUUCUACAAUUUUUUUGGCGUACCAUUUGCCAAGCCUCCGCUGGGAGAUUUACGGUUUAAGGCGCCUGUUCCACACGAUGGUUGGGAAGGUACCAGGGAUGCUACCAAGGAAUGUGAAAUGUGCUACUCCACCGAAUCUUUCACGGGCGUCGUGCAAGGUUCUGAAGAUUGUUUGUUUUUAAACGUUUACACGAGAAACCUACCCAAGCAAAACGUCCCCUUGAAACCGGUAAUGGUGUGGAUUCAUGGAGGUGCGUUCGUUCGAGGUAAAUGCCAAACCAAUCUCUACGGACCGAAUUUUUUGAUGACUCAGGACAUCGUUCUAGUCACAUUUCAGUACAGGCUUGGGAUUCUAGGUUUUCUUAAGCUAAAAGAUUCAUCUCUCGAUGUCCCGGGCAACGCGGGACUUAAAGAUCAGGCGAUGGCUCUGAAAUGGGUUAAAGAUAACAUCGAAAAUUUUAAUGGAGAUCCGGAAAACAUAACGAUCUUCGGCGAAAGUGCUGGGGGAACCUCCGUUAAUUAUCAGGUCUUAUCUCCAGUGUCCAGAGGAUUGUUUCACAAAGCAAUAAUGCAGAGUGGAUCGGCGCUAAAGGUGUGGGACGAAUGUACACACGACCCUGUAGAAAUCGCUCAGCAACUCGACCCGAAUGUAAAGACGGAAGCAGAAGCGCUGCAGAUUUUCUUAAAGCUGCCAAUCGAAGAACUUUACGAUCUCCAGCUAAACUAUUUAAAGGUGAAAGAAAUCGGAGAGAUAAACAAACUAUUCGGGCCAACCGUGGAGAGUGCUGAAAGCAAAUCUGCGUUCAUUCAAAGGCAUCCAAAAGAUAUAAUUUCCUCGGGUGAAUACAGCCAAGUGCCCGUAAUUUACGGAUAUAACACGCGUGAAGGAAUGCUCUAUGAUUAUUACAAAAAAAUGAAUCCGGAGAAAUGUUUCGGAGUGGAUGAUGCAGUGCCAUAUUAUUUAAAUUUGCCUAGGGGUUCCUCCGAGCGUAAGGCUCUAGAGGCAGAAAUGCGCAAAUUUUACUUUAAAAGUGGGAACGACGAAGAUGACUUACGUGUGCUGCUGGGAGAUGUUGGUUACGUUGUCGGAACUCUUGCUGGUGCUUUGAAUAUCUCGAAAACAUCCAAAAGUCCGGUUUACCUCUACCGGUUUGAGUUUGACACUUCAAUAAAUUUCUUAAAAAAGGCGGGAGGCCUUCAAAAGGAACCAGGCGCUUGUCACGCCGAUGAUGUCCAUUACCUAUUCAGUAGUGACCAACACCCGAAAAUAGUACCCGGAAGCGCAGAAGACAAAGGCAUCCGGCUGAUGGUCAGGUUGUGGACCAACUUUGCUAAAUACGGAUGUCCGACGCCAAACCCAGACGAGUUUGGAUUCAUCUGGAAACCUUUUACUGAACAAGAAAAGAAUUUCCUGAAGAUCUGCUUGCAGCCUGACGUAGGAGUCAAUCCAGAUGCCGACAGGCUUGCGUUUUGGAAAAAUAUACUCGCUAAAUACGAAUCAACAAAGCAUUUGUUGUGAUAUUAGAUUUGUUAAUAAAAAGAAAAAACAUUUCAAGUCUCCCUAUA